AUGUCCAUCAUCGACUCGUCGCGAAGUCCACUCAGUCACAUCAAGGACGGCGUCCUCGGUCGAGUGGCACGGCCUCUGCACCACUUCAAAAAGAUACCUGCAGAAGGACGACGCAUUGUGGGCGACAGCAAGAGUGGACUGGUCGACUACAUAGCUGACAAGUUCCCUCUUCUGCUGAUGCAUGUGUGGGAGGCAGCAGUAAUCCGUCGCGAUGAGCCAGACAUACGGGAUUUCUACACUGCUUUUUCAAUCAUCAAAGUGGACCCAAACACUGUCAUCCUUCCGGCCGGAGUCGGUACCAUCGAGAUGGCGGAGCUGCGGAGCUCACGGGAGACUGUGGAGCGGAUGUCAGUUUCCGCCGCCGACCUCCCGCGACUGAAGGGGCAGCUCCUGGAGGGCCUUAAUCACCUCAAUGUCAGAGGGCCGGAGGUGACGGAGCCGAGGUGGCCGGGAUGGGACGAGGAUGAUGGUCUGUCAGUGUCGCUCCAGGGGGUGACUGCCGACACCAUCAGUCACCUGGCUGACCUGGGACAGACGGUCGGACGACUGGAGAUAUACGGUGAGCAGCGGCAGCACGGACAGGCCGAUGAUAUACGAGCUCAGCGAAUGGCGAACACCGAGUAAUGGUAUAGAGUCAUGACCGUAUGUGGAAAGUAAUUUGAAUUGGUAAAAGUACGAACUACGACGUAAAAAGUGUCAUAUAAUGGAUACGUCUCACUAACCAAUUAAACCAAUGCAAUUUAUGUUAUGGUGAGGAAGAGCGAUAAUAUGUAUUACUUUUAGAAGGAUACAUGUGUUGAGACUUAGUUAUCGCACACACAAUAGGCAUGGCGAUUUUCACUGUUUCAAUGCGCAAUGAAAAGUGAUGCAUUCUUUUUAGCUAAUUAUUGAAAUUGUAAUUAGAGUAUCAUGCAACUGUCUACAGCAUCUAAAGUUCUUUUUUCAAAGGUGUUUGGCUCGAAGUACAUUUUUUUUUCAAACAUGCGCGAUUUAGCCAGCGAAACGGGCAAAAACUAAACCUAAGAAAAUCGAACGUCGCUUAACCCUCGACGGACCUAUAGGUUUUCUACAUGCACGCCGGCCGAGGGGGGGGGGGCGGGUACGACCCCCCCCCUCGCCGUUUCGCCCCUGGUGGAGCUAGCGCGUCGCAGAAGGAACGAGCGUGUGCGCCGUUUCAAGGCGCAGAGAUUGAUACCCGAUUUUAAGGUCCUAGGUCAACCGGUGACCUCUGAGGUUAAGUCAAGUGCUCCAAGGUACGGUUCGGUUUUUGGUGAAUAACAUCGCAAAAAACGGCUGCAGAGCCGCGAUUUUGGCAGUAUCGUGUUCGCCUUGCUCAGACGCGUCGAAUGAUAUACUUUUUGUUUGGGUGAGGUCAACGUAGGGCGUUGACCUCGGGUCACGGUCAGGUCAGCGCCACCAGGUCACGAAGUUUGUCGAAGGAGGUGAUAUGGCAAAUCAUUCGAUUCGGCAGGUCUUCCUAAUUCCAUUGGUGACUUUUCCGACUCGCUAGCUCAAUUUGAUCGGGAAUUAUUAACAAAAAACUAAUAUGACCUUGAUGAUGUCAUAAAUGACGUCACGCUAGGUGAACAUUGCAAAAGUGACGCAACUAACCUUGCAAGGAGUGCAUCAAAUCACGAUUCUGUGUGCUUAAGAUAGUUGGAGAUCGUUCCCUGCGCCGGAACAGGGACAUUCCACGUCAAAUCUCUCAAAAAUCGGCAGUUUUUCACCUUACCAUCAGCGAUUACAUUAUAAAUUUGUCAACGCGUUCCUUUGUCGCUUCGGACAUUACGUUGAUGUUUUUUUUGCACAUUCUGACCACAGGUCUCCUAAAUAUAGAUCAUUAUAUUUUUGAAAAAUAUGGUAUCUUUAUAUUUUUGAUGGGCUGUAAAUUUGGAUGUACUUGUUUGAUUUCAACGAAAUAAACUACAUUGUUCAGGUAAUUUCUUUAACUUUAUUUUGAAGCUGCUUAUGUCAGUGUAGUGUGAGCUUUGAGUGUGGGAGGCUGUCUCCCCUCAGCGCCGCGGGGCGGGCCGGCCGGCCGCCGCACACUGGGCCGAUCGCCAGGUCUAGCACGACAUGGGUAAAAAAUCGAACUUUGUAGAUGUGCAAUGAAACCUAUACCAAUUUAUUCAAAAAUGAUCAUACUACAUUGCUGUGGUCUUUGUUUUCCAACACAAUUGCUAUUUCAUGGCGAAAACUCAGCUUAAACACGAACUUCGGAAUCGUUUGGACCGAACUCGUUCCCCGCACUCUUCGACAACGUAUCUUUGAUCCGCGAAAACAAUCACAAUUUGAGGAGGAAUUCCACAUUUAUAUACAUCAAACGAUAGCUCCGGGUCUGCAGAACACACAUAACCACAUGAAAAUGGCGAACUCUUACUUGGUUAUGAUGUAUCGGCACCG